AUGGCCAUUGUUUGGAGAGAGCAUUCAGUUGUGGAGAGAGAGGUCAAUAUGCCGGCCGGUUGGCGAUUUGAUCCAACUGAAGUAGAGCUGAUACAAUUCUAUCUCUCAAAAAUAGUGGGCUGCAAACCUCUCCAGGCUAACGUAAUGAAGGAGAUCGAUGCACACCACUUCUACCAGCACCAUCCUCAGGAUCUAGUGCAUGACUCGAUGCGGCUCUUUGACGAAUAUUUCUUGGUCCAUGGGGAUGAAUAUUUCCAUGGAAUAAUCAACAACAUGAAACUUAUCGGCGAAGGUGAUGUUGGAUCCUGGAGAUCUCUGGGAAAUGAAGAAGAAAUAGUCGACAGGGAUGGAAGCGUUAUCUCCUUAAAGAUCCAUUAUAACUUUUUCUAUCCCGAUUCGAAAGGAACAAAUUGGACAAUGGAACUAUACCGUUUGCCUGUUCCCAAAAAUGGAGAGGCUUCAAGUAGACCAGAGGUGGUGGUGACAAGGAUCGGAGGAGCGGAAGAAUGUUAA